UAUGUCUGAAUGCAUUGAUUGGGACACUGAGGAAACUCAACCAAUACAUUACCAAUUUUUCGAUCAACAAGUUGAUACGAAUUCUACUCGACCGCUGACCUAUGAUAAAUUGGAUAAGAAGGAGUCAUUUGUGUCACUAGACUAUGAGGAGGAAAUGAAUCAAGGAACAGAUACUGAUCAAAAUGACUAUGAGAGUGAAAGAAGUCCUUUUAAAAGUCCAGAAGCGGCUCCAGAAAAAGGAUUUACAAUUGUGGGACAAGGUUCCAUAGUUGAAACAUAUAGCAGAAUGUCUGACAAUCAAAGAAGAGUGUCCGAAAACUCAUCAGUUGCGAGUAAUGGAAAAUCGAAUGGUGAUAAAUCUUCUACGUCCAGUCCUACUGUUAUAAAUCACACUGAAGUGAAAGACGAUGAACAUAAUAACUCCGUGGGUGAUGAAGAUGAAAGGCCACCAGUAGUCAACUCGGAAACGGUGUCAAAGACUCCUGCCGGUAGUGAGCAUCAGAAUGAAAUAGCGGGGUAUGCCAGCGAUUAUAGCCAUUCAGAGAGCCUUAAUGAAAAUAAUACCCACGUAACUGAGGCCGCUGAGGAGCAAUCUUCAAGUCCUAAAUUAUCCCCAAGGACUGACGCGCAGGAUGACCGGUCAUUAAAUGAAGAAGGCCGUCAGACAUUAAAGACAGCAAGUGAUAAUUAUAGUGAAUACAGUUAUUCAGAAUCAGUUGAAGACAGUAAACGGCGGUCGCCAAGCCCUAAAUUUGAGGAUAAGAGUGACGCUACAACAAAGAAACUUGAAACUGAUAUAGAAAGUGAAAGGGAGGAGGAGGUAAACCAUAAAAGCGAUAGUGAGCAGGAAGAAGAUAUUGAUAAAGAAGAGGAAUUCGGAACGUCCAGACCGGAAAGUGACAAAGAGGAAAAGGAAAACUACAUUUUAAACGAGUUAGACGAUAAAAGUUCUGAGAAAGAAGAAAGUGAUGAAGAGUUAAACGAAAGGUCAAAAAGAAAUAGUAAACUAAUAGUAAUUGAAGAGAAAACGGAAGACAGCUAUAGUGAAGGUACUUUCGAAAAUUUCACGGAGAAGGAGAGUACUGAUAUGAAUCAAAAGUCUCAUACACGUGAUAAAUUCACCAAUAAAGCUCUACCCGCGAUCGGAAUAACAAAUGGGGUAUUGGAAUUGGAGAACUUUCAAAGGCCAGGCUUCUUAAAUCGACCGCAUCGUAAACAGCCUCCAGCGCCCAUUAAAAUGAAAUUGAGUCACGAACAAAAAAUGGACGCUAUACAUAAUCGUCCUAAGCCGUGGCUAAACAACAUGUCAAGACCUCAACCUAAACCUCCUGUUCAGCCUGUUUCUAUAAUAGAAGUUCGGAAAGCUGGUAGAAUUCACCGACCAAAACCCUGGCAAACGCGAGUGGCAUCAGAGACAACCUCACAGACAACGUUCAGUGAUAAUACAAUCGUUAACAGUGAGGUCUCAGAGAAGCCAGUAGCUAACGUUAAGCCAAUAUUGAGGAAGCCAGAGAGAGUUGAGAUGGCAGAAACGAAGCGACUAGUCCGUGUCCAAAGCUCUUCCAAAGCUCGUCCUGGGAUACCCACCCAAUUAAAAUCUGUUGCCUAUUGGCAAGAAAAUAAAUUGUAUAUCACGAUAACAGGACCUUCGCAUAUUAUUGAUUUUGUAAAACGAAAGAAUAAUCUUGAUUCAAUCGAUGAAGUGCCUAUGGAUGUCAAUAUGACCUUUGUACAAGAGAAAAGAAAGAAAAAACAGUCGUCUUGGCGCCAAAAGCCAAAGGCACAGUCAAAAGUUAAAUUACCACCUAUUAAUGUUGAUCGCAACAUAGUUGACAACAGAGCCGUUUAUAAACCUUUUCAGUUUUAA